ACAUUUUUGCUCAGCUUAACAGGAACAUUACCUAAACGUCAAUUUAUUACUAUAAAUUCGUCGAUACAGCAUUGAAAAAUGUUCUCCAAAGCCGCACUCCUUACAGCCCAGCGUCCUUUGACAUUGGUGGCUGCUCGUUCGGCUGCCGCCGCUGCCGCAUCCCCUGCCAGCGGUGGUAUUGAGCGCCGCCAGCGUCCCGAACAUCCCGGCAAGGUUCGCAUGGGCUUCAUUCCAGAUGAAUGGUUCCAGUUCUUCUACAACAAGACUGGUGUCACUGGUCCAUACACUUUCGGCGUGGGUCUGAUCACCUACCUGUGCUCCAAGGAAAUUUACGUGAUGGAGCACGAAUACUACAGCGGUCUGUCGCUUGGCAUCAUGGCUGUUAUCGCAGUCAAGAAACUGGGUCCAGUUAUUGCCAAGUGGGCUGACGGUGAGAUCGAUAAAAUCGAAGGCGAGUGGAAGGAGGGCCGCGUGGCUGAGCUCAAGGUGCUGUCCGAUGCCAUUGAGGCCGAGAAGAAGGAGCAAUGGCGUGCCGAUGGCGCUCUGAUGCUGAUGGAUGCCAAGAAGGAGAACAUUGCGCUGCAAUUGGAGGCUGCCUUCCGUGAGCGUGCCAUGAACGCUUACACUGAGGUAAAGCGUCGCCUGGACUACCAGGUGGAGUGCCGCCACGUUGAGCGUCGCCUUAGCCAGAAGCAUAUGGUCAACUGGAUUGUUGCCAAUGUGCUGUCCAGCAUCUCGCCUCAGCAGGAGAAGGAGACUCUGAACAAGUGCAUUGGUGAUCUGAGCGCUUUGGCUCUGCGCAUGAAGUCCGCUUAAUCCACUCGAGUUUUAGUUAUUAAAUUGUAAAUUAAACUAAAUGCGCGAUGCAACACACAAACGGAGAAGUACGAUGAAAUGUUUAAACCAAUGUAACAACAUUUUAGUGUUCAAAUGAAGUCCGAAUGAUGGAAACAUAUUAAUGACCCACAA